GUCUGUCCAUUGACCAUCUGCACAACUGCCAACAACUUGUUCCCACUUUACAAAAUAGCCCCUCCCAGAGCACGCAGCCACAAAGAGGCCCAUUCCAGAGCUGAAACAGAGAGGACGACUCCAAAUCUCAUCUCGUCUUCUCCGCCGCCGGCAAGCCAGCUCGCCAGCUAUCCCGCCAUGCCUACCUCCCCGGCCGCCUCCGCCGGAGCCAUCGCCUCCCCAUCCGGCUCCUCCCCGGCCUCAGCCGCCGCCUCGGCGGCCGACCCGGCCACCCCGUCCUGGUGGGAGUCCGUCUCCCAGGCGCGCUCCCGCAUCCUCGCGCUCGCCUCCAUCCUCCCGCCCCAAGUCUCCCCCGACGUCUCGGCGCUCGCGGACUCCGACCGCCCCGCCCGAGCCCUCCUCCGCUCCGCCGCCGCCUACGACGCCCUCUCCGGGGCGCUCCGCGCGGGGGGCGGCGCCGACGACCCCGCCUGCCACUGGCUCUACGACACGCUCCUCUCCCAGGACCCCGAUCUCCGCCUCGCCGCGCUCGCCUUCCUCCCGCUACUUUCGUCGCUCUACCUCCUCCGCCUGCCCCCCGCGCUCCCGUCCUCGCUCUCUGGCUUCGAGGCCGUCCUCCUCGCCGUCUACUCUUCCGAGGCCAAGAACCGCCAGGGAAAGCCUGUGCUUGUUCAUAUCCCCGAUCUCUCCGUCCCCUCCCUGUACCACACUCCGCAGUCUAGCCCCAGCUCGAGAUCGCCUCGCCGGCCGCAUCCGCCGCCGAUCCCCCCUCCUCCGGCCAAUGUGGUGGUGGGCGUGCUGUCGCCGCCGCUGGAGCCACAGGCUGCAGUGAAGUCGACCAAGCGCGCGGGGAUUAUAGGGGUCGCCUUUGAGGCAUACUACGCCAAGAUCGCGCAGAUGCCCCCUGCAUCCAAGGUGGAUGCCUGCAAUGCGGUGGCUGCCUGGGCGGGGCAGUACUGCAGAUGCCGUUUUGAGCUUGAUGAAGAGUUGGAGGUGGAGGAAGGGGAUUCUCUGGGCUCCAUGUCGCCAUUGUCCACCGAUGCCGAGAAUGGGAAUGGGAAGGCCCUGGAGGAAGAAUUGGCAAAGAUGCAUGUCAACGGAGACAGCAAUGGCCGGAAUUGUGGUAAAGAAGAGGAGGUAAGGGAGGCAAGGGUGCAGCUCUCGUGGGAGUUGCUGCAGCCAGUGAUGAGGGUUCUUGGGCACUGCUUGCUAGCGCCACUGAACCCAAUGGAGGUGCGGGAUGCCGCCGCAGAAGCUGUGCGGGUUGUCUAUGCCCGUGCAUGUCAUGACCUUGUGCCACAGGCAAUCCUGGCAGCCCGGAGCUUGAUUGAGCUUGACAAAAGCGCACGCAAGGCUGCCAAGGCAGCAGCUGUAGCGGCUUCUGGAAUAAUGGUGGCCUCUGGCACAGCUGGAAGCACCGCAUCAAGCUCCAGGCCAAGUUCCAAGCCAAACACGCCGAGCAAGCAGCGUAAACCUGAUAUGCUGCUCGUGUCCAAAUGAGGUCAAUUGCUCUGCAUUUUGUGAAAUUGGUUGUCAUUGAAAUGUCGACAAACCCUAGCAUACCUUGCACGCAGAAGAUUGUUUGUUAUGGCCUGAAAAACUGCUGGCUUUGGUAUGUUAUGGCUCGAAAGACUGCUGGCUUGGUAUGUCGCCAACUCUGUAUUGUAUGUUAACUUGCCUUAUGUAGUUAUGUUACUUGUUGCAUAUAGUUUACGAAUCAAUAUAUUUAUGAUCCUGCUUGUGGGUUGGUGAGGAGAUUCAGUUGAAGUGAAUACUAUUGUUAAUGGUCAUUGUUGUAAAUUUCAAUCAUAUUCUGGUUGUCCAUGUA